UAAGUGGGUCUGAGGGGUGAUACAGCCAUUUGAGCAGCUGAGACAGAAACGUACUCACAGAUAUUACUAACAAACAAUCCACGGCACAAGCAAGAUGAUAGCUGUGUUAGUGUUGCUUUUGCUAAGACUGGUUUCUGGCAGUAUUGUUUGUCCAGACGGGACAGAAUGUGACGACAAAAAUACCUGCUGUCCAGCUAAUACAGGAUAUGCAUGCUGCCAUUAUCCAUUUGCUGUUUGCUGUCCAGACAAAGCCCACUGCUGUCCACAAGACUACCAAUGUGACCAGGAGACUGGGACAUGUAAGAAAAAUGGGCUUCAUUUGUAUGGAAUCGCUCAUUCCCGUCAGAUACCUGCACAAAAGGAGGAGAAAAUAACUCCUGUUCCUCUGGGGAAAUCUGACAAUCCUUUAGUCUCUUGUGGCAACUUCUACACCUGCUUCAAAUCUCUGACUUUAAAAAGGGAUCAGUGUUGUCAGUGCAAGGCAGGCUGCUGUCCCAACGGGUUUCACUGUAAUGAGAAGACCAAAGCCUGUGUGAGAGACUCCGAUCCCUCGACUUUAAAAAAGUCCACGUUAAAUCUCCAGAGUCGGUCUGGAGUUAUACACUGCAGUGACCAAUUCUACUGCCCAGAUGGAAACACUUGCUGCAAGACACCCACCAGCCAGUGGGCAUGCUGUCCAUAUACUCUGGGUCAGUGCUGUAAGGAUGGACUGCACUGCUGUGAAUAUGGCUAUGACUGCAAUUGGACAUUUACAAAGUGCAAAAAAAAAAGAGGCUACACUAUCGUUCCUGCUGGUGUCACCAAAGAAGCGCUUCUCCUCUGAAUCUUCGUUCCUUGAGCCAAAAAGGCGAGAACCCUAAAGAGCAAUAUAAAUAAAUAAGAGCAUUGUGUAUGAUUCAUGAAAGUUUGCAAUUUCUAUUUUGUUAGUCUUUUUUUUUUCUUAAUGAACAAAAAUAAAUCACAUGAAUAACUGACUUUAAUGCACAUACGAAUAAAUAAAAAGCGAUUUUUUUAAAUCAGA